CUUCGGGCUGGCAGUUCUCUUCCACUCCUUCUCCACAAUAGUUGCGACAGUCCCAACAUUGAACGACGCUGAUCGAUCUGCAAGUGUUGCAUAACUAUUUCUAGAUCUUAAUCUGCGAGACCAGCCGGGGAGCAUUCUCCUUUCCAUUCCGCAGAGACAUCCGAUGAUUCUUCCCACCGCAUUCUGACGUAUUCAACAUUCCCCGUUCGAUGUUCACUUCCUCAACCUUUCAACCAUGACGGGUCAGACAAGGAGGCAUCCCUCCGCAUACAACAGCCGAGACGCGGUAUUAGAUAUCGAGAAACAGCCUUUCCGGCACAAACAUAAGCGUCGCCGACAUAGUCAUAGUUCUUUCGAUUCAGAUAGUGGUGACGGCUCUGUUACCUCUUCUGCCGCUUCCUACCAAUCCAUGCUAGAUGCUGCGGUGACGCGCCGCACCCGGCCUGGGGCGGGCUUCUAUCGUGUACCCAAUCGGAUCAUGCGACGCCUUUGCCUUGGAUUGCUUGUUGUACUAGUAAUUUUCAUUAUCACACUCUUUCGAUUCACAAUUAGAUCCUCUGUUACGCAGGUCCCUCUUGAAAUACCAAAAACCGCGCCGAAACCGCCUCAAUGGGAGAGCUUUCCUUUUCUGAACCGGUAUCAUGGCGGGCUGCGGUCCUUGGUGUCGCGUAAAGGCCAGGUCCCUGAAUACCCGGGGGACCACCCAGAUGUGAUAGCCUUGAGAGGUGAUCGUGAAGUGAAUGCAACGGCUCUCCAAGCUCGGGGUGAGGAGGAUUUACCAAUCUCUAGCUCGGUUUUCGAUCCUUACCCUAAAUACACCUCAUCGGAAUAUGUUGCGAGAUAUGGCGAGAAACGCGAAUGUUUCUUAGAUGAUAAAGGUACAUUGCGGGUUCCUUUAGUGCAUCAUUAUCCCGGUGUACCCCGUGGGUUCCCGGAAGCGGUUAUGGGCUCAAACGAAGAGAUAGGCAUCCGAGACGACGUUUGCUUUGAUCGCUUUGGUCGUUUGGGUCCGUACGGACUGGGCUAUAGUGUAAGGAAAGGUGGCAUCGGUGCUGGCUUGGAGGGUCAUCGAGAGGGUGCGGAACGUGUCUGGGAUGAAUUUCCACCGGUGGACUUUCGUAAGGUCGAUUGGGCUGCCGCUCAGAAUCGUUGCCUGGCAACGAAUAGCCAUCGCUUUAGGGACCUCCCGCAACCCCGUUCUAAUCGUUUCUUGUCAAUGCCAAUAGGGGCUCGGGAUUCGAAGAAUAUGCCUUUUGAGACUGCUCAAAAUCAACAGGAGCAGCCUCAAGCUGGAACGGAGUAUCUCCCCCGAACAGCGGUUAUUAUACGCACUUGGCACGACUUCCGUUAUUCCGCCGAGGAUAUCCUGUAUUUGCGUUCGCUGAUUUCCGAGCUCUCCCUGCUCUCCGGUGGCGAGUAUACCAUCCACUUUUUGGUCCAUGUCAAGGAUGAGAAUUUGCAAAUCUGGUCUGAUGACGAGACAUAUGACCGAGUGCUGAAGGAUGCACUGCCAGCAGAGUUCCGCAACCUGGGUACCCUUUGGUCGGAGCGACAGAUGGCCUUGAUGUAUCCCGGACUAGAAGAAACAUGGACCCGUGGAUUGCCCAUUCAUGGUGUGUACCGCAGCACCCACAUGCCCUUGCAGUAUUUUGCGCACCAGCAUCCCGAAUAUGAUUACUAUUGGAACUGGGAGAUGGAUGCGCGAUACACCGGUCAUUGGUACCAUUUUUUCGAUAAGGUUGUCAGCUGGGCACGGGCCCAGCCGCGGAAGGAACUAUGGGAGAGAAAUUCUCGCUUUUAUGUCCCCUCUGUUCAUGGAACAUGGGAGGAUUUCAAACAUAUGGUUCGGGUGCAGACGGAGAUUGGCACCAAUAGCCCUAACAACUUAUGGAGCGCGAGGCCCGGACAAGACCAAUCCCCAGGGUAUAGAAGUGGCCUCCGUCAGCAAGGAGACAAAUCUAUAUGGGGCCCCGAGCGGCCCAAUGAGCGGGAUAUCUUUGAGGUUGAAGGAGAAGGUAUUCCCCCAACCACAAUGGAAAAAGACCGGUAUGACUGGGGUGUGGGUGAGGAGGCAGAUUUGAUAGUCUUCAACCCUCUUUACGACCCAGAAGGAACAACUUGGCUCCUCCGAGAUGAUGUGACAGGAUACAACAGGGAAAAUGGUAUGCCUCCACGCCGUGCAGCUAUUAUCACUGCGUCCAGAUUCUCGCGGAAACUACUGCACACCAUGCACCAGGAGAUGGUCCACAAACGCCACAGUAUGUUUUCCGAGAUGUGGCCUGCCACCACCGCAUUGCAUCACGGCUUCAAGGCUGUUUAUGUGCCUCAUUCGGUCUACAUCGACCGUAGAUGGCCCACCAAAUACCUCGAAUCCGUAUUUAACGCAGGCCGCAACGGUGCUUCAGGCGGUGCCAGAACAUCCAUUUUUGGAGACCGUGAGCACAACUUUAAGGGCACCACGUGGUUCUACUCUGCAGGGUUCUCACCGAACCUCUGGAGACGGUGGUUAGGCUACAAAGUCGACAAUGAUGGCGGCGAAUUAGCUGAGCUAGCCGGUGAGGGAAGAAUGUGUCUUCCUCCAAUGCUUCUCCAUCCUGUCAAGGAUGUGGAAAUGAUCAUCGACGACGGCGCCAAGGAAGGCGAAUAGUGCUCCGUAUAUACUUGUUCUUGUCUCCAUUAAUGAUUGAAGAUUUUAUAUGGCUUGUUUCAAC